GCAAUCACAACAUCACAUCACGCUGAAUUUCCGUUGCGUCAGGCUUUGGGUUAACGGAGCAUGACGCCAUGAUUUAUGCAUAGUUUCAGCGCCGCACCCAGGCGUUUCACCUUCCUCUUGUCUUCAGUCUAAAUAGUUAAAAGCUUCAGGAAAGCCGAGAAAAGUCAUAGUUUCAUCUAUUCAUUACCUCAAAGCAAGAAAUGUCACUUCACAGCUGGGUAGCUUGACGGGUCUAUGAUGUCCAAGCAUCAUAACAUACUGUAGACUACUUGUUUCCUGUAGCAUAAUGCUAAUAUACUGUAUAGUUAAACAGGUGCUAGUUAGAACUGGACGGGGGAUGUUAAAAAUGUGUUUACAAUUAAUUUUAAACAUUAAAAAUAUAAAGGGGUUCAGCAGAUAUACAGUCAAACACACUGUAUUUUAGUUUGAAGUGAGUUGUUCAAUUCGAGGAACUUCGCUGCGUUGUUUGGUUUCUGCUUCGGGAAGGAAAUUUCAUCUUGUACUGUACAGUAGCGCCGGGGAAACAGACAGCAUGCUGGUGAUUCGCCUCACUUCGGAUUCAGAUGGGAAUGGGACAGUAAUAAGACUGGUUUGUCCAUUGUCCACCUCUGGCUGUGUGAUUGACUCAGAGAAAGCCAGCAACUGGACUUUGAGCAGCGAAUACAACUCCACUGCUGCUAUGCCAGCCCUUGCUUCAGACAAAUGGAGCAAAUGUGAAUUUUGGAUCGGCCUGACUUUAGCCGUGAUCUCAGCUUUUCUCAUAGGCGGAAGUGUGAUCCUGAAAAAGAAGGCACUGCUGCGUUUGGCUGCAAAUGGGGAAACCAGGGCAGGUGAAGGAGGACAUGGCUACCUGAAGGACUGGCUGUGGUGGGGUGGACUUUUGACUAUGGGAGGAGGUGAAGCAUCAAACUUUGCAGCCUACAUGUUUGCUCCAGCAACUGUGGUCACUCCUCUUGGAGCACUGAGUGUUCUUUUCAGCGCCGUAUUGUCCUCUCAUCUGUUUGGGGAAACAAUGAACCUGCUCGGGAAGCUCGGCUGUAUGCUAAGCCUUUUGGGAAGCACUAUAAUGGUCAUCCACGCACCAGAAGAGGAAGCUGUCACGACUCUGAGUGAGAUGACCGAUAAGCUGUUGGACCCAGGUUUCCUUGUGUUUGCCAGCAUCCUUCUCAUAGCCUGUUUGGUUAUGAUCUUCUACUUCUCUCCUCGCAUUGGUCAGACCAAUAUAUUAAUCUACAUAAGCAUUUGCUCGCUGCUUGGAGCCUUCACCGUGUCUUCGGUGAAGGGCCUGGGCAUCUUCCUCCGUACAGUCUUCGUCGAGCCCACUGUCCUCCGGCAUCCUCUUACCUGGAUACUCCUGCUGACUUUGGUGGCUUCCAUCAUCAUCCAGAUCAACUACCUGAACAAGUCUCUGGACACCUUUAACACGCUGCUUGUCUACCCUAUCUACUACGUGUUCUUCACCACCGUGGUGCUCACCACCUCCAUCAUCCUAUUCAAAGAGUGGGGCUCCAUGUCAGCCGUGGAUGUCGUGGGCACCAUCGGCGGCUUCCUGGUCAUUGUGCUUGGUGUGAGCAUGCUUCAUCUCUUUAAGGAUCUGUGUGUGACUUUGGAUGAGCUGAGGAGUAAUCUGUGCCAGCCUCAGGCCCUGGACAGCCCAGGAAAGAGGGAGGACAAGCACAUCCUCAUUGAGAAUGUGGACAGCCUGCCACCAAUGAGAGAGGAAGGCCCCAGAGUCUUCAUCAUCAGCUGAGCAGAGCAUCAUACAUAUCACAUAUCAUAUAUGACUUUUAUUAAAGCAUAAAGGAUUAGUUAGGCAAGAAAAAACAAUCAAGGUUCCAUCAUCAGCCAAGGCAUGUUUGGUGUCUGCUAAGUAGUUUUGUGCUAGAGUUAGGAGGCUAAUGUAGCUAACAGGUAGUGGAAGUCAUCAUCAACUGUCAUUGAUCUUCAGUAACUGCUUUAUCCUGGUCAGAGUCAUGGUGGAUCCAGAACCUAGGAAUACUGGGCCUAAAGCAGAAAUACACUCUAGGUAGUACUCCAGUCCAUUUCAGGGCACCAUAGGCACACACAUAUGCACAGACUCCUUCACACCUACGGGCAAGUUAGAGUAGCAAAUCCAUUUACCAGCAUGUUUUUUUGGAGGUGGGAGGAAACCAGAGAACCUGGAUGCAAAGACAACAUGCUUCCAGGUUUAAACAAUUCCAAUUUCAACUUUUGGGAACAGACUGCUAACAAAUAGCAACCCCUGCAAACAAGCUAAUCUGGUUCUCCAAGAUGGCCUCCCCUAUAAUGUAGUCAGGUUUUGGUCAUGUUUAUAGAUUACAUGAGGUCACACUGUGUCCUAAAUCACAUCAUCUUGUCUUGGCAUUAUUUAAUAAGUGCAUGCGGUUUAAGGACAAUAUUUACUGAAUUAGAUUUUUUUCCCCCAUUACUUGUGAAGACCUUUAGACUCUUGGCUCCAGUACAAAACUACAGAAGCAAAUGUCUGACACUUAACAUAUUUUGGCUGAUCAUGGCUGAUACCAUAUUUGGCUUAAAACCUGUACAUUUUAUUUAUAUAUGUGUGUGUAUAUGUAUAUAUAUAUGUAUAUGUAUGUAUGUAUAUAUGUAUAUGUAUGUAUGUGUAUAUAUAUAUAUAUAUAUAUAUAUAUGUGUUUACUAAACCCUUCUUAUACUUUCAUAACAUUGCAGUAAUAUCAGAGGUGUGUUCUCCGAUAGAGAUGAUUUGUGAUGCAGCUCCUGCUGAGGAUCAGCCUUGAUGAGGCAGAACACAUGGAUUCCUAGUAUAGAUUAUACUGUACUUAAUUUUGGAUGCAAUAUUUUUUCAGGAAUUUUAAGACGUCUUUAAACAUCUUUAAUGGUG